GAGGAAGUGUGUGUCGAGUUGCACGCGCGCGCCAAUCCGCAUGCGCGGUGGCUGCGUUCGAGAGCGCGCCGUGCCGCUGAGGCGCCGCCUGAGGCGGGCUGCCGCUCACGCCUGCCUGGCCUCACAGCGCUGUCUGAGGCGGCUGUGGCGGCGGCAGCAACUCUCGGAGGACGCUCCGGAGCCGCAGGGGCCAUGACCUGCUUACCGGGCUUCCUCAGCGGCGGCUCUCCUUGCGCCGCCCUCCGCUCCCUCUUCAAAUCCUCGCGGCGGCGCCAGCAUCAUCACCACCAGCAGCGGCGCUUCCCCUCAACGCCCAAUCCGCUCCCCGCCGCCUCUGCCGGGCUCCCCGCUUGCCCCUCGCCGCGGCGUCUCUGCGCGGAUGUCUCCUCAGAGCCCCCCUCGAAGGCCGGCGGCGGGUUCCGCCCCUCGCGGGUGGUGGUGGUUGCCAAGACAACCCGGUACGAGUUCGAGCAGCAGCGGUACCGCUUCGCCGGCCUCUCCGAGGAGGACCUCAAGCAGCUGCUCGCAUUAAAGGGAUCUAAUUACAGUGGGCUACUUGAGCGACAUCAUAUUCAUAUAAAAAACGUGGAGCAUGUUAUAGAUAGUCUAAGGAAUGAGAAGAUUGAGGUCCGUCUUGUGAAACGCAAAGAAUAUAAUGAAGAAACUGUUCGGUGGGCUGAUGCUAUUAUAGCAGCAGGAGGUGAUGGCACAAUGCUGUUGGCAGCCAGUAAAGUGUUGGACCGAUUAAAACCAGUUAUUGGAGUAAACACAGACCCAGACAGAUCUGAAGGCCAUUUGUGUUUGCCUGUACGCUAUACUCACUCAUUUCCAGACGCCCUACAGAAACUCUAUCGUGGCGAGUUCAGAUGGCAGUGGCGGCAGCGAAUCCGAUUGUACCUUGAAGGGACAGGUAUUAACCCUGUCCCGGUUGACUUGCAUGAACAGCAGUUGAGUCAAGAACAGCACAGCAGGGCCCAUGUUAAUGGAAGAUUUCAGGAUCAAAGGUCUCAGAUCUCCGAACCCCAUCUGUUGCCAGUGAGAGCAUUAAAUGAAGUUUUCAUUGGAGAAUCCCUCUCUUCCAGGGUGAACUAUAAGUCCUGCAAACCCAGUUUUAAAUUCUCCCUUCAUAGGGCUUCUUACUAUGAAAUAUCAGUUGAUGAUGGUGCAUGGGAGAAACAGAAGAGCUCAGGUCUCAACAUAUGCACUGGAACUGGAUCAAAAGCCUGGUCUUUUAAUAUCAACAAGGUAGCAAAUCAGGCUGUGGAAGAAGUCCUUAAGAUUGCUAAAAAGUACGAGAGUUUAAGCCUUCCAUUGAACAAGGAAUUAAUACAAAAAGUAACAAAUGAAUAUAAUGAAUCACUGCUGUACAGUCCAGAGGAACCCAAGAUGUUUUUCAGCAUACGAGAACCUAUCUCUAAUCGUGUUUUUUCAAGUAGCCGGCAGCGGGGAUUUGCUUCAAAGGUGUGUGUCCGCUCUCGUUGUUGGGAUGCCUGUAUGGUUGUAGACGGAGGAACUUCUUUUGAGUUCAAUGAUGGAGCAAUAGCAUCUAUAUUGAUCGAUACAGAAGAUGCACUGUGUACCGUUUUACUGCAAGAAUGAAGAAAUGCAUUGAAAGCAUUCAAGAAAGCAAGGAAGACAUGCCUGGGAAACAAAAUGUAAUGCUGCAUUGUUUCAGAUGUGAAACUUGUUUUUCUCUAUAGGCAGCCACGUGAGAAACAAAGAUUGAAAUAUCUCUUCAUUCCUUUGGAGGAGAAAUGCUUGUGAAACUGGUGUUUGUCAUUUAUUGCAUCUGAUAACAGGAAACUUUACUAGGCAUGCUUCAGAUACAAGGCUGUUGAGACUUUAAAAAAUCUUAAAGAAACACUUAAAACUAAGGCAGAGAUUUAAACUAGUAUUAAUUACAUUGUACAAGUUUGUGAUAGACUGACAAACACAGCAAAAUAUCUUGAUUUGUCCAACCCCUAAAAUUUUCUAAGAGUAAAUACUGUUAGACACAAACAGCAAAAUAUCUUGAUUUGUCCAACCCAUACAAUUUUUUAAGAGCAAAUACUGUCAGAGUUCAUUAACUUGAAGUUAAGAGUUAACGUUGGGAUUAUUUACCCAACAAAUUAAAAACCGUUGCUACACACUAAGAAUUUUUACAUUUCUAAUGUUUUUAAUAGUAGAAACCAAUCCGGAAUUGACACUUCAAAAAUUCCAGAAGCAUAUUGAUUCUAGAAAUUUUCUCUAGCUUCACCCAAUUUGCUUAAGCAUAUUGUGCUGCCCAUAUUUACCUUGCAUAGCUAGAGACACUUAAUGGGAAUCAUGUCAUCUUGCUAACAAUUUUAAAACCUGUUUUAGUUCUAGUCUAAAUUGAGUUUUGAAAAAUGCCCCUCUGUAAAUUUCCCAGAAAAUGUGCUGUAGUAAUGUUAGACAAAAGUUGCAUACUUUAAUCAGGAAUUUAAUUUUCUUAAGUAAUGAAAACAGUAUCAUUCCUUGUAAAUUUCAAAUAUUUAAGAGGGCAUAUUGUUUUGCAUGGGUGCAAUAUAAAACCAGUCUGUGCGAAAUGAAAAUUUAGUCUCUCUGAAUACCGGUGGGUUUUUUUGGAAUUGUUUUAUGAAAAGCAAAUGCCACAUAGGCCUUUUCCACAUGGGCGAUUUUUGCCAUUUCUAGCCCCAUACUGCUGUGUUUUUUUUUCUGAAUUCCACAUGCUUAACUCCCCCUUCAGAUUUCAUUGCGGAGUUUUCAAGGGUUCUCUUCUAAUUUCUUCCUGUGCUUAUUCUCCAAUCCUUGUCUCCAUGCAGUUUUGAGUCGGCUUUUUCAAUUGUGCAGAAUUUUACUUUAGUUUCCCCCCCGCCAGGCCACCUCUGUUCUCCCAUCUCCCUUUCCCCUUACGAAGCAAAUGCUUUUUUUUUUAAAAAAGGUAACUUAAUGAUACUAUGUUUUUGCAUUGUGUCUGUUUACCCCACUAAUGCAGUACUCUGUCUUCCAGCUCUGGGUCAGCCUGGGUGGGGCUCUCUGGUUUAGCCAUGAGAGGAGGGUCAUAAAUCAUAAACAAAAAUGUCUAGUCAGAGCAGGGCUGUUGUGUAUCAGGGAAAAAAAUUUAAACCAAGCAUAAUGAUAGGUUAUUUUGUCUUGUGGUUACAUGGAUCUCUUUUAGGGUUCCUUUUGCUUUCAUUUGCGCCAUGUUGGAUUUCCUUUUGAUUUUGAUUUUUCCCCACUCCUAAUGCCUUACUGCUGGGUACAUCUGGUUAUCAUAAAAACAACUGGGCAUACACAGAUUUUAAAAAGGAGGGGUGGUGGUGAUGUGAUGGCACUGGCGAUGCUGACAGUGACUCCAGGGAUGAUGUCCGCACCUCACCCACAUAAUCUUUAUUUCAUGACAGCGCAGCCAAAAAAGAGGGCACCCACAAUGAGAUUAAAAGCACUGUGUGGAAAGGUAGGUGACCAAAAUGAAUUCAAUGCUUUUGGAGUGAAUCCUCAAAAAAGAGAGGAGUAAAUGGCCUGCGUGGAAAAGGCCAUAAUUAGAAUUCCUGUUUGCGAUAUCAGUAAGGGACAAAACCCCAUAGAACUGUGACUACAGCCAACAACUUGCCAAUUGUAUUUAUUAAAUAAGCUGCAUGGCUUUUGCAAAUAUGGCUUUCAGUAGUAUAGUGGUUGAUACUGUGUUUAACACUGUAAAGAUGCAAGGUUCAUCACAACCCAAUUAAACUUACUGCCAAACACAUUCAUGUUUACAUUUGAAAUAGUAAUGAAUCUUCAGUGGGAAUCAAAUAAAUGAGUCCUUUUUAAUUACACACUAAAAAAACACACCAAGUCCUUAGUACUUAGCUCCAAACAUUUCAGAAGCAGAAUUUUGAAAUGAUUGCGCAAGUAUGCUUUAAGUCUGAAGGUAAGCCUUCCUCGGCCGUUGAGUAAUAGCAAAGCUGUUAACUAGAAAUAGACCUCGAUGUCUAGCUCUUUAAACGGUUUUGUGAUGAAAUCAGCUUUCCUUGGAAAUCUCCAACCCUCCAAAACAGCAUGCUGAUUGAAGUACUUAGAUGAGCUAUUAAGGCUGUGAUCCUGGGUUCAUUUAAAAAUAUGCUGUACUGCAGCGAGUGGGACUGACUUCUGAGUAAAGGGGCUGGGAAUCAGGGAGCAUAAAACUGCUUUGUAAACUAAGGAAGCUGUAGAAUAGGCUACUGGCUUACGAAACAGAUGAACUACUGUUUGAAUAUUUAAUAUAGCUGUCAUGGGAUUAAAAAUCCCUUAAAUUCUGAGAACAAAUAGCACAGCCUGUUUGCAUUAUGGGUGGAGCUCCUAUAUGUGAACAAUCUUUUUAUCUCCCCCUUUCUCUUCACUGCCACACAGGUAGGCACAAGCCUCCCAUUCCCAAUAAUGUUCUGGUAAGCUGCUUGUCUUGGGGAGGGGGAGGGUCUGAAUUGUGAAGCCUAUGAUGGUGCAUGACCACUAUGGUUACAUAGUUAAGUGGUAAUGUCCUUUGAAAUGUGCCAUUUUUGUCUGUGCAAAACCAUGAAGGGUUAAAAAGGUAGGCAAUGCACAUUUAUAAGGUUAGAAUGAUUAAUGGUUUCUCAAUGCAAAAGUGAAAUCUUAAACAGAUUAAUUCUCCCCCAAUGGUAAGUCUCCCCCCUUUAAGUCUGCUGUGACUUGAAAGCACUUUACACACACAAUGACUGGGAAAUGUGAAAUGGGGGCUUGUAUAGGUACCAAAAUAGCCACAAACCCACUCUGUACGAGGUGUUCUUGGACACCUACUAAUGUUAUAGUUUAUACCUACGUUUAAUGAUUGCUUUCUUUGUGGGAACUAGAUACAGAGAAAGUGCAGUGUUGAUGUGAAAGCAAAGGACAAAUCUUUAGAAAGCUAAUUCAAGCUGUUAAAAACAUUACUGAAAUAAUUUUGUGCUAUAUAAAAUAAAGAAAUUUUGUGAUGUGCACAAAUUUCAAGUAAUUAUUUAAUUUUUAAUUAGCUGUGUAGCUGAAAUAAUCACCUUCCAAUUCUCAGUUGCUUAAUUCUGGCAUCUCUAUUAACUUUCAAUCUAGGUUCCAGAUUAUAUUAAAAUAAAGACAUUGAUUUUUGGUUUCAUUAAGAAAUAUAUGCUGUGCUUCAUAAUAAAGGUGUUAGUGUUUUUGAAAAUACCGUGUCUUUCAGC